GCCAUCUAAAUGAACUUUUAACUCUCUGUGAUGGUAAUAAAAAGAAAGAAAAAAACUUCUUUUCUGCAUGAUAUCACAGCACAUUACCUGAUUAUGUUUUAUUGUCUAACAGCUCAAAGACAAAUAGGAGAAACUUCUCUGAAUGGCAUGAGCUCUAGAUCUCAUCAGAUUCUGCGCUUGGUAUGUACAGUUUGUCUUUUACCAUUAGUAUUUUCUGCAAUGUUUGGAAACAAAAAAUCGCAAAGGAAGAAAUGGGCACAUCCCAUUUAGAGACUCCAAGCUAACACGAAUACUGCAAAACUCUUUAGGAGGGAAUGCAAGAACAGCCAUCAUCUGUACGAUGAGCCCUGCACGCAGCCAUGUUGAGCAGUCCAGAAACACUCUCUUGUUUGCCACCUGUGCCAAACAGGUUGCAACCAAAGCUCAAGUCAACGUGGUGAUGUCCGAUAAAGCAUUGGUUAGACAACUCCAGAAGGAAUUGGCAAGACUUGAAAAUGAACUCAAGGCGCUGAAAUCGCGUUCUGUGGAUGAAAAAUCUGCUUUGGUGCUCAAGGAGAAAGAAGAUGUCAUUGAAAAGAUGAACAAAGAAAUGAGGGAGUUGAUGAUGCAGCGGGACAUAGCUCAAUCUCGGAUGCAAAAUUUGCUUCAUUCAAGAACAUCAUGGGAUGAGAUAAGUUACCAAUCAGAAACCCCUGAAGAUCACACAGAUGCAUCCGAAGCCUCAGAAACUCCUCUCCAUCAUCAUCAUCAUCAUAUAGCAGAGGCUUCUGCAUCAUCUAGAUUUGACGAUGCUGUCGUUGAUGAGGCAGCCAUUGAUGAAGACCAGUUUCUCUCCAAUGAUACCUCUCCCAGACUCUUCAUCCACAAGUUUUUCGGGCCCGACCCGUGCCAGGACUUGCUCCAAGCUCAUCCUGCUCAUAGAUCUGACAGUAGUUUUGCUUCUGAUAGCUGCAAGGAAGUUCAAUGCAUAGAAAUGGGCGACGACUCUCGAAUUGCAGCCGCGAAAGUGGAUCUGGGCGGUUAUUAUCCGGUCGAUUUUGACGAGAUCGCAAUUUCUGCGGAAUCUAAGAAAUUUGCGGCCCAUGAUAAUGAAGACUUCUUGGAUGUGAUUGUAAAGGAGCACAAGUUCAAGAUCUCGAUGGACGAAGAUGACGGCGGCGUCACAGUUCACGAAGCCGUUGAAGCUAUGCCGGAAAAACAGUUCCGGCGCGGGAGUGAAGAUUCCAAAGAAGUUGGCGAUGGCGAUUUGGAACACAGAGAUGACGAGUCGGAGUGGCCGCAGGAGUUCGAGAAGAAGAGAGGAGAGAUCAUUGAGCUUUGGGAUGCGUGCCAUGUGCCAUUGGUGCACAGAACAUAUUUCUUCCUUCUCUUCAAAGGAGACCCGUCGGACGCCGUCUACAUGGAGGUCGAGCUCCGACGCUUACACUUUCUCAAGAACUCGUGGUCUCAGGGAGAAAAAAUUCCAAAAGAUGGCCAGAAUUUAACAGAGGCAGCAAGCAUCAAAAGCAUGAAGCGAGAAAGAGAGAUGUUGUGCAAGCAGAUGCUAAAGAUAUUCAGUGCAAACGAGAGGAACAAACUGUUCCGAGAAUGGGGGAUCAGGCUGAACACGAAGCAGAGGAGGCUACAGCUAUGCGACAAGCUAUGGAAAGACAACACAGACAAGGAGCAUCUGAAUCGAAGCGCGUCGCUCGUUGCCAAGCUGGUCGGGAUCGCGGAGACCAAUGAUGCUUCUAAGGCUAUGUUUGGGCUCAACUUUGCGCCACAGCCGAUGAAUCACCUCAGCUCCUAUACCUGGGCUGCCCCACGAAUGCCUUUCAUGGCACGAUAAAUAAAUCAACGACGAUACUACACACGUGUAUAAGUUUAUCUUUUUACCGCCCUAAAAUAUGUCAUUUUCGACUUCUUUCUUAGAAUUCUAGUCAUCAUUGCUAAGUAUUUUAAUUUUCUUCUCCUUCAUUUUUUUUGGGUCGUUUUGGAGUGCCAACAAAAUUUGCGCAUAUAUCUGGUGUGUUUAUAAACUGUGUAUUUAGCCAAUCAACUGUUAACAUAUAA